AUGGAUCAAAUCAAAGAUAGUGAACUUAAUUUAAGAAAUUCAUUUUGGUCACCAGAUUAUAUCACAGGGAUCGAAACAUUUUUGCAAGUAGUCAAGAUCGAUAACAAAUGCCUUUCAGAAGAAUUAGAUUUCUACAGAUCUGUAACUUUGAAUUGUUUCACACCACUUAUUGACAGUUUGGAAACUGUAUGCAACAAAGAAUACAAAUCAAAUGAUUCUCAAUCAUUAAGUAGAACUGUACUUAAUCAAUUUUGGCUAAGAAUAAAGAAUAGUGGAAUAUCGAAUAUAACUGAAACUUGUACUGUUCCAUUAUCUACACGUCUGAGCCAAAAUAAAUUAUAUUAUAAUGAGAUAGAAAAUGAAUUAAAUGAACAUUAUUUAGCCUAUCAAAAGACUUUUAAAUCGACUAAGGAAUCAUAUGUUGAAUGUGAAAUCUUAGCAGGUAGUAUUUUAAAGAGUUUAACACACUUACAAAAAAAUAAAAAAUCAGAACAAUCAGAUAGUAUCAACAACUCUUUUGAAACUACUACAACUGCUAUCACUGCACAAAAUACAAGAUCCGCCACAAAUAAGACUUUACAGUUUCAGAAUAUAAUAUACCCAUUCAAAUUAGAUGAUGUUUUGACUUUCAAUAAUGAACAUGAAUUAAAUCAGUUCCUAUCUUUAAUAAAAAGUCAACUUAUUUAUCAAAAGACUUUUACCUCAAUGCUAGGUUCAUUAAAUGAAUAUUUCAAAGGUAAUUCUUUAGUAGCAGUAUUGAAAAAAAUUAAUCCAAAACUAGACACGUCUUUGUAUAACCUAAUAAGAGUUAGUCAACUUCUAUUAAGUAAACAAUUUUUUCAAGAGUAUUAUCCAAUUAUUAGUAGAUCAUAUUUUAAUAAUAUUAAACUGAACUUUAAUAUGCACAAAAAUACCACAGAAUCGUCACCAACUUUUGAACUUGAAUCUUAUUAUAUAUGGAAUCCAUAUGUGUUUGAAAAUGAAACCUCUACGGAAAUUAUACCCUCUAAAAUACACAAAUCCUAUAGUGAUUUAAACAAAAAUACCAAUAUUAAAUUUGACACUUUUGCGCAUAGAAACAUAUCUACUUCUAUGGCUCUAUGGUUUAGAAAGAUAAACAAAACAGUCACUGGAUCCAACAUCAACAAUCCAUUAUUAACCCUGGAAGAAAUAAAUAAAAAACUUGUUCAAUUACAAGAGUACCAAAGUAAGUAUUUUGAACAAUAUAAAAGAUUACUAUACACAAGACUCCAGUUAGAGAAAACUUUCUUCACCCAUUGCACAAAAUAUGCUGAAUAUAGAUUCAAAACAAAUCAACUAAUUCAAUCAGUUAACCAAAAUUUCCAAACAUAUAUAAACAAUAUUUCUGUUCCGGUAAAUAAUUUGUCUGAGAAUAAAAUUCCCACUAUAGUUCAAUUUAAUAAACAGUCAUAUUCACCUAUUGGUUUUUUUAAUCGUGAUAAUUCAUUACCCUAUACAAAAUGGUCAAUAAAUAUCGAUGAUAUAUCUUCGUAUGUUAUAUUGGAAUCAAUGUUUUCUUGUACUACAAUCACAGAUGAUGUCAUCAAUAGUAUUAGUCUAAUUAUCAAACAUAUAGAAAAGCAAAUAGAUAGUUCAAAUUUUGAUGGGGAACAAAUAUUUGAUUAUUGGAGAAGUGAUCUUGAUAUUGUUAGAGCAACUAAUUUAGAGAGAGAGUUCUUUACAGAAUUUCAGAACAUGACUUUCAAUCAUGAUAUUAAUACAAACACUACAAGAUUAAUCAUUGAACACUAUAGAAAUGGUUCCAAAUUUGUUUUAAAGGACUGGAUUGAUUUAAUAAAAUUAUUCCUGCUUGAAUUACCGGAUAGCCUAAUACCUAUGACAUUAAUAGAUGAAGUGUUAAAGAACGAGAAUAUUAAAUGGUUAAAUAUGAUUUCCACUCCUAAGCUCAGAUUGAUUGAGCUUAUUACCAUUCAUUUAAUGAAAUUUGGUGAUAUAGAUUCAUUAUUUUCUCUUCAAAAUGAUAUCCCUUUUAUACAAUAUUUCUUACGUAUACGUGGUAUAAACAAUGAUUUUAAUGAUAGAGUGAUUAGACUUUCUAGUAUUGUUUUAGAUUUAUUCAAAAAUCAUUUAUCAGGAUUAUCAAGUCUUAUCAAGACAAAACUAACUGAGUACCAAAAACGUGAAAAUGUAGUACCAACUAUUAAAGUAAAAGAUGAUCAAGGUAAUCUAAGCGAGAAUGAACCAGUGAAUGAAUCAUUAUUAUCUCCUCAAAAAAUCAUUCCUAAGAAAGAACUUUUGUAUAAACAUAAAAGAAGUAUUAGUAUGACGCUUUUAUCUUCAAGUUUCAAAACUCUAAAUUUUGAAAAUAAAAAUAAUUUUGAAGAAGAAGAUUUUAUACCUAUACCAUUUAAAACCAGUUCAACGAAAAGCUCCCCCUCAGAAUCACUAAACAAGGAAAAAAGAAAAAGUGGAGUCAGUUUAUUAUAUGCAUCUCAGGGUGAACAACAUUAA